GGGGUCACGCGUGAGUCACGCUCGGGGCCACAGGGAGGUAGGCCUGGUGGCAGCGAGCCAGAGCGCUGUGCUGAGCAGGCGGGACCCACUGCAGACGUGCCUGUGAAAUCCGCGGGAGGGCCGGGCAGGGGGCGGGGCGCGCGCGCAGGGGUGCUGCCUCCGCCCACCAGGCCUGGAGAGCCCGGUUCUGAAGCCCCGAAGGAGGGUGCGAGGCAGUGCUGCUUGUUCCUCAGCUGGAAGGUUCCAGCUUCGGGCAGGCCCUUGGGACUCAUCCUGACACUCAGCGUGGGGGAGGACAGGGGGCUUCUGAGGCCAUGCACGCGGCGGGGAGACUCGGUGCCCGGCUCAGGCCGCUGACCUCCGACCCUCACAGUGGGCCUCCCUCCACCCCCAAACCCAGGGACCCGGAGAGAUGGAGGGUCAAUUUCCAGGUACCCAGAGGGCCUGGCUUUGCCCCCUGCAGUGCCGCCGCUGGUCACCAGGGGGAAUAAACUCCCCAGGUUGCUGCUUAACUCUGGGGCUCCCCAAGGCCCUUCAGCGCCCUGGCUCUUGUCAUCCUGCCCAGUACAGAAUUGGCCUCGACAAGCCCCCUUUCACAGUACAGUUUGUGCCCCAAGAUCAGACCAUGUGCAGUGCUGCAGCUUGGUCACAGAGGUACCCUCUGUACCAGCUGGGCAACCCCCAGCUCCGCGUCUUCCGAACAAACUUCUUCAUUUGGCUGGUGCGGCCUGGCACGGCUCAGCCUGAGGACACCGUGCAGUUCCGGAUCCCCAUGGAGAUGACGCGGGUGGACCUCCGGAACUACCUCGAGCGCAUCUACAACGUGCCCGUGGCCGCUGUGCGGACGAGGGUGCAGCACGGUUCCAACAGGAAGAGGGAUUACAGAAACGUCAGGAUGAAGAAACCAGACUACAAGGUGGCCUAUGUGCAGCUGAUACGGAUGCCGCUCUGCGUCCCCCUUUGCCCGUCCGGAAGCAAACGGCGCUGCCCUGGCGCGCCCCCUCACGUGCCCCCUCGCGCACCCCCUUGUGCCCCCCGAUCUGUGGAGCUGCUCCGGGGUGUUUAGCAGAUUGAAACGGCACCUCACAGUUGCCCAGGUCCCCGGGGAGCGGGCAGGGCGCCCGCCUCGGCACCAGCGGGGCCCGGCCGGUGCCCCCUGUACACGUGCUUGGGGGUCUGGGUUGGGGCUUGGCCGACACUGGCACAUUCUGAACUUCUAGUGAAAGACGUAAAACCAGUUAAUUUGCAAAGCCGGUCUUGAUUUAUAGACUGCUGCAUAUGUACAUUUCUUUGUACGUUAUAUGCAUCUUAUUUGCCAAGCUCCGAGCUGGGAGGAGGGGUAGUCUUUAAUGUGGGUAAAGGCCUUUAGGUAUUUUGGAUGGAAAAAGUCUCAGUGUGGCACCAGACGCUAUUUGUGCGGGGUGUUCCUGCCCCUCGCUCCUGCCCCCCAGUCCGGCCAGGCUGCCCCCACACCGGUGAAUGGGCGCUUUGCUGGGCUGCUUUUAAUGAGGCUCCAGCCAGUGCAGACAGCAGCCCUCGAAGAGAUAAUGUCGAUGAAAAGGGGCAUUGUCCGGGGUAAUGGCUUCCCGCUGUUAGAUAAAAGCCAGCAGCCGCCGAGAUGUUUAUUUUCCAGGCAGGGACAUCGCCCCGGAGAUGCCGGCCUCUGGGCCCCUCCAGAGCUGCGAGCUCAGGGUGGGAGGGCCCUGUGUACCUGUCCCCGCACGGUGCGGCAGCGGCUCUGGGCUGCAGGGCUUGCCUUUUCU